UCUCCUGCCUCAGCCUCCCGAGUAGCUGGGACUACAGGCGCCCGCCACCAUGCCCGGCUGAUUUUUUGUAUUUUUUGUAGUGAUGGGAUUUCACUGUGUUAGCCAGGAUGGUCUUGAUCUCCUGACCUCGUGAUCCACCUGCCUCGGCCUCCCAAAGUGCUGGGAUUACAGGCGUGAGCCGCCGCGCCCGGCCAGUCUUUUUUUUUUUUUGAGACAGAGUUUCGCUCUUGUCGCCCAGGCUGGAGUGCAGUGGCACGAUCUCGGCUAACUGCAACCUCCGCCAGGUUCAAGAGAUUCUCCUGCCUCAACCUCCCCAGUAGCUGGGAUUACAGGCGCCCGCCACCACACCCGUCUAAUUUUUUGUAUUUUUAGUAGAGACGGGGUUUCGCCACGUUGAGCAGGCUGGUCUCGAACUCCUGACAUCAGGUGAUCCGCCCGCUUCAGCUUCCCAAAGUGCUGGGAUUACAGGCGUGAGCCACGGCGCCCGGCCAAAAAAAAAAAAUUUUUUUUUUUUUUUGAGAUAUUUUUUCACUCUUGUUGCCCAGGCUGGAGUGCAGUGGCGUGAUCUCGGCUCGGCCUCCCAAAGUCCUGGGAUUACAGGCGUGAGCCACCGCGCCCGACCCAAAAAAAUUUUUUUAAAAGAAAAGGGAAACAAAACAGUCUCCUACACCUUCGGACCACUCACAAGAACGAUGGCACCGCCCUCCUCUCCGCCCCUCACCAACAUGGCCGCCCCCAAGGGAGUGGGCGGGUCUGCGGGGCGGAAGUGACGCACGAGCGGAAAGUCCGUCCUGCCGCUUGGCCGCGGGGCGCCUGGCUCAGCGGCUUCUGCGGGCUUCGAGGAGCGGAAUGUUGCGGGCUGGGUGGCUCCGGGGCGCCGCGGCGCUGGCGCUGCUGCUGGCGGCCCGAGUGGUGGCGGCGUUCGAGCCCAUCACCGUGGGCCUAGCCAUCGGGGCCGCGUCGGCCAUCACCGGCUACCUGUCCUACAAUGACAUCUACUGCCGCUUCGCCGAGUGCUGCCGCGAGGAGCGGCCGCUCAACGCUUCGGCUCUCAAGCUGGAUUUGGAGGAGAAGCUGUUUGGACAGCAUCUAGCCACGGAAGUGAUUUUCAAGGCGCUGACUGGCUUCAGGAACAACAAAAAUCCCAAGAAACCACUGACCCUUUCCUUACACGGCUGGGCUGGCACAGGCAAGAAUUUUGUCAGUCAAAUUGUGGCUGAAAAUCUUCACCCAAAAGGUCUGAAGAGUAACUUUGUCCACCUGUUUGUAUCGACUCUGCACUUCCCUCAUGAGCAGAAGAUAAAACUGUACCAGGACCAGUUACAGAAGUGGAUCCGCGGUAAUGUGAGUGCAUGUGCGAACUCUGUUUUCAUAUUUGACGAGAUGGAUAAAUUGCACCCCGGGAUCAUUGACGCAAUCAAGCCGUUUCUAGACUACUACGAGCAGGUUGACGGAGUGUCUUACCGCAAAGCCAUCUUCAUCUUUCUCAGCAAUGCAGGCGGGGACCUUAUAACUAAGACGGCUCUUGACUUUUGGCGGGCCGGAAGAAAGAGGGAAGACAUUCAGCUGAAGGACCUGGAACCUGUACUGUCUGUCGGAGUCUUCAAUAAUAAACACAGUGGCCUGUGGCACAGUGGACUGAUCGACAAAAACCUCAUUGAUUACUUUAUCCCCUUCCUGCCUUUGGAGUACAGACAUGUGAAAAUGUGUGUGAGGGCCGAGAUGAGGGCCCGUGGUUCUGCUAUAGAUGAAGACAUUGUCACAAGAGUGGCAGAGGAAAUGACGUUUUUCCCCAGAGACGAGAAAAUCUACUCAGACAAGGGCUGCAAGACUGUGCAGUCGCGGCUGGAUUUCCACUGAGCUCCUAUCCGUAUGGGGUAGGAGACAGCUGGGAGGCUCCGCACACCAGAGGCCUUGCCUUUCAGAAGAACCCUGAAGACCGCUUUGGGGUUUUGCCUGUUUGCACCUUAGACUUUUGGGAUAUAGAAUCUUUUUUUUGAGAAGAGGUCUCACUCCGUCAUCCAAGCUGGAGUGCAGUGGUGCAAUCCUCAACUCACUGCAACCUCCGCUCCUGGUUUGAGUGAUUCUCAUGCCUCAGCCUCCCGAGUAGCUGGGAUUACAGGCAUGAGCCACUGUGCCCAGCUGGGAUAUAGAAUCACUGUGGAAAACACGUGAAUCUAUUGCGUGCAUUUGUCAUUUAGCAAGAUGGCAGCAGUCCAGCUGUCCUUUGCAGCUGGAGAUGAACUUUUUAAAAUCCCCUUCACACUUAAUGUACUGACCGUGACAGAAGUACCUGAAAACAGCUGUGCGCGGCAGGCCCGGCAAUAGCUUCUGACCCACAGCACCCGCGCCUCAGAAGCUACGGUCACAACUAAAGGAGUCCAGGGACUUGCUGCAGGCUGGGGGGCAGUGGGUGGUUCUCACCAGCAGGCUGGGGGGCACUGGGUGGUUCUCACCAGCAGGCUGGGGGGCACUGGGUGGUUCUCACCAGCAGGCUGCGGGGCACUGUGUUCUCAUUAGCCAAAAACAUCCUUUUGCUCUGUCUCGUUCUUUACAGAGAGUUCACUGAGUUGAAGUAUACUCAGUUAAAAUCGGGGGUGGAGGUGCAGACGGUGUCUGACGGGAGGAUGUGGCCGUGCCCGCUGAGCACUCUUGAUCUGAGCUGACCUGUGUGUGGGGUGGGGCCUUCACCUAAGACCUCCGCAGCAGACCUGGACGGACAGGCCCCUCCCGCCUGUCCAUCGCUUUGGCUGCUAAUACAGCCCUGGCUGUGGAAUCCUUCACUGUCUCAGCGGGUAUCAGCCCCAGCCUGCCUUGUGCCAUCUCUCAGCUUGGCUCUCUGCUAGAGUCCCCCCAACCAUAUAUCAUAGAGUUGAAUCACAAUGAGACCGUUGGCUUUGAAUUUGAGUCAUUGGUUCCCAUGGUGAGAUGCUUGUUAAGACUUUAUACUUGGGUCAAUCUCUCACUUUAUUUUGUAGAACCAUUUGAAAUCCUAGGAUGUGCUUGUUCUGGAAGGAUGACAUGGGCCCAGACUGAACAAGUCAGCUUGAUGAUCUUAAAUGAUGGAAGUAUAGGACGUUGAUUAUUUUAAAACAAGGGAAGGACACAAAAUGCAAUGACUGCUUAGUCCUUUCUCGGAUACUCUUAAAACAAUUUUUUAUUGUUAAAUUUGUGGUAAUACAUGGUCACAACCGUGGAUCAAACAAGGUCAGUCUAAAGUGGCAGGUCCUAGGUGUGACCUGAUAACACCACCGUUUGUGGCAGCACCGGGCUGGACUGCCCUGAUCCCUGGGACGUGAGACUUAGCUUCCAGCCGGUGUGAAUCAUUGUAUCUGUCUCAUAAUCACAGCACAGCUGCAGACACAACAACGUGCAGCAUUUUUUACAUAAAAAUAUGGUAGAAUUAAUUUAUGACAUGGAAAUGCCUUACGUGGUAUCACACUUACUCUUGAAAAAAACACCAAGAUGACGUUUAAAAUUUUUAGUACGUAUCCUUAAAUUGGAGCUAAGUUAUACUUCUUUUAUAACCUUUUGGGCAUCUGGUCGAGAGGAGACAAGAUUUUCUCUGUUUACAAUGAUGCAAUAAAUACGUUUGCCACCUUU